AUGAAUCCCCUAAUCAUUUUUGUUGCUUUUAUGCUGAUGAGGGAUGCUAGGGCGAUAGUUGAACUGGACUGUAGCGACAAUGCUACAUGUAUCGAUAAUAUGGCGAAAGAGAUCAUUAGGAGUGUCAGGCAACAAAGAACUGUGAAGGUGUUUAAUGUGCUGACAAUUGAACCACUAAGGACGAGACAAGCGAAGAUGGCGAGAUCCACGGAUUCUUGGCUGGAGACAUUCUUGGACGGUAAUGCGUUCAGCUUUGACUGGAAUGAUUACACCUUCAAAGUGUCACAAGCUGAUAAUAGCAAUGCCUUAGAUUUAGAGGUAUAUCAAGCACGAACUGCUAAAGAUGUUUCGGAUCCGAACGGGAAAAAGUCUAGCAGUAAAAACGAGGAGGAGAAAGAAGAAGACAAAAAAGGCACGGGUAUCAAAAUACGUCGAAAAUACAAGAAGAAGAAGGUGAUGCAAAUGAUCAUCCCUUUGCUCUUUGGCAUGAAGUCUGCAGGAGUAGUAAUGUUCGCGAUGGCUGUGGUUACUGUCCUGACUCUCAAGGCGUUCUUAGCAAGCAAGCUGGCUUUGUUCGUCACCGCUGGCAUGGCCAUUAAAAAGUUAUAUGAGACUUAUGGAACCGGCGUCGGUUUACAAAACCAGCCAUAUCUUUACUCGCAAUAUCCGAUCGAUUUUCCGAGCGCCUCCUCGCACGCAUACUCCGCAAGUGGAGUGAGCCCACAAUUCGCGUCAGCGGACAUGUAUAGCCCAACGGCAAUGGGUGCCCAAGCACAAGGCAACGAAAUAAUGCACCAAAGCGACGUAAUCGCUCAGCAGUCGCAACAGGCGCCUACCUUACUUGUAAACUCAACAAGAGCAGCAGAUAGAUGGGACGGUAAGUCAAAACUGCAAAAAUUUAUCGAACCACUCAUCGAGGGCGUCAGAAAUAUUUUAGAUCCAAUUGCCAAUGUUUUCUACGGUGCCAUUCCAACCACAGUACGAGGACUCAACUCCAAAGUAUCAACAACAAAGAGUAGAGAUUCAGAUUUUGAUCUGGAUGAAUUAGAAAUAGUUAAAAAACCAAGACAGGUUCUGAUUCCUCAACCUAGAAACAUUGCUCAAAGAAAAAUGAACUUGAGAAAAAAUCGGAUUCCGGAGACGUCCAAUGUUUUAUGGACAAUCGCGCGGUACCUCAGAGUCCUUUUCGGCAUUCCGGCGCCGCCGUUGAAUCCUCAGCAGACUAUGACCAUGCCCAUGUUUGUCAUGCCACAGAUGUAUACUUCCCCAAUCACCAUGCCGCCGUCUCAAUAA